AGCCCUCACAUCUUUACUACCAACCCACUUUUCUCCUGAUACAUUCAAACCAACAAACAAUCAACCAACCAUGGGUUCCAUGCCAAUCGCCAUGCGCACCUGGCUCUCAGUCGAGUCCUGGGGCCCCGACCGCCUCGACGUCGUCGGCAUCGGCAAGGACGACCAAAUGUACCGCAAGCGAUUCGACCGGAGCCAGGACGGAUGGAAGCCGUCUAUCGAUGGCGCAUGGGAGCCACUCACCGGCAAAUUCAUGCAAAUCCCCGGGGCCAUCUCGUGGAGCCACGGCCGGCUCGACAUCUUCGGUAUCGGGCUGGACAGACACUUGUACCGCAAGACGUGGGGCAACCACCGCAAGACCGGUGGAUCGUGGAUCAACAGCGACUGGCAGCGUACCGGCGGCGAGUUCAAGAGCCAGCCUGUGCCUGUGUCUUGGGGCAAUGGACGCAUCGACAUCUUUGCCAUUGGCAUGGACGACCAGAUGUACCGCAAGGUGUAUGGCGGCAAGUGGGAGCCAGAUGGCUGGGAGGCGCUGACGGGCAAGUUCAAGAGCCCCCCAGCAGCCGUCUCGUGGGGUAGCGACAGACUUGAUGUUUUUGGUAUCGGAAUGGACAACCAGAUGUACCACCGGGCGUUUGAGAACAACGCAUGGACUACGUCUGGCUGGACUGGAAUGAGUGGUACUUUCAAGAGCCCGCCGGCUGUUGUCUCGUGGGCCCCAGGCAGGCUGGAUGUCUUUGGCAUUGGCAUGGACGACCAGAUGUACCACAAGGCGUUUGACAAGGGUAAGUGGUUGAGCGACUGGAAGGGAGUGGGUGGAAAGUUCAAGAGCACUCCCGCGGUUGUCUCGUGGGGCCCAGGCAGGCUGGAUGCCUUUGGUGUCGGCCUGGAUGACCAGAUGUACUACAAGGCGUUUGACAACGGCCAAUGGCAGGGUGACUGGAAGGGAAUGACGGGCAAGUUCAAGAGUGCUCCAGUUGCCGUCUCGUGGGGCACUGGACGUAUCGAUGUCUUCUGUAUCGGACUCGACGAUUCAGUUUACCAGCAGUACUACACUGGCGGCAAGUGGUCUGGCACUUGGGGCACUUUGGGCGGAAAGUUCAAGACUUUCUAGAUGAGCGACAUGGCGCAUAUGCAACGUUGAUCCUUGCUAGAAGAUGUGUACGAGCCUUAGCAUAGUGCUCUUUUUUCUUGUCCACACUGCAAGAAUUGUUUGAUGAUCAAUGAAAUACAUGACCUCUGUCCCCCGUAU